AGAAGAGAAUAUGCUGUACAUAGACAUAAAGCGAGUGUGGCGGCGUCCUGUGCCGAUUCAAAGAGCCGACUACCUCAUCAAAAAGCAAACCAACAACUCAACAAACAUUACGAGGCUGCAAGGUUGGCGCCAACCUCGUUACCCCUCUCCCUCUACGCUGCAGCUACUCAAGAUGGCAUCGAACCAGACAGUCACCAUAAUCGAAAAGCUCAAUAGCCUCAGUUCAAGGCUAUCUUUGAAAGAUGAUGUUCAAGCUCAUAACGAAGCGUUACAGCUGAGUAAAGAAUUGGCGGCAAGUCUUGAAGAGCCUAAGAAUGCAGCUGUGAAUUUGGCUUUUGCGCCAUUCAUUACCAUAGCUGCAAGAAUCGCUGUCAAUCUUGAUCUGUUCAAGUUGAUUAUUAGCCAUGACGGACCUAUUACUUCCCAGAAGCUCGCCACUCUUUCGGGCGGGGAAGAGCUGCUUAUUAUCCGAGUUUUGAGACCUAUGGCCGCCACAGGCUUCAUCAAAGAGGUUGGGGAGCGGAUGUGGGAGGCCACACCAAUCACCGAAGCCAUGGCAACGGAAGAAAUCGCCGCAGGGCAUAGAAUGGUUGGCGAGAUGAUCGUAGGUGCUGCAACCAAGGCACCCAAAUGGCUCAAAGAAUCCGGCCAUCGUUGCCCCACCAACCCUCAUGAUGGCUUCAUCCAGUACGCUUUCCAAACCAAGUUGAACAUAUUCCAACUUUUCAGCACAAUGCCAGCUAUGAUGAAAGACUUCAACUUGUUCAUGGGGAAUACUAUGGGAGCCAGAGACUAUUGGGUCGAUUGGUUUCCGGUUCAAGAGCGACUCAUCGACGGCGCAAAUAAGGAAUCUGCCCUUCUCGUUGACGUUGGCGCUGGAAAAGGUCACGAUCUUCUUGCAUUCCACAACAGAUACCCGGAUCAGGGACUUCUAGUACUGCAAGACCUGGCCGCCGUGACAGACAACCUUGAAGUUCUCGACCCUUCCAUCAAGCCGAUGGCGUAUGAUUUCUUCACAGAGCAACCGGUUAAAGGCGCACGCUCAUACUUCUACCAUCACAUUCUCCACGAUUGGUCUGAUGAAGUAGGCUUGAGAAUACUAAGUCAGCUCAAAAAGGCGAUGAAGCCAGGCUAUUCGAAGCUUCUCAUUCACGAGAUGAUAAUUCCGGAGCAGGGGGCAUCACCCUUCCACGCCGCGCUUGAUAUGACCAUGAUGGCCUUUAAUUCAGGCAUAGAACGGUCCGAGAGGCAGUGGGAAGAGCUGCUCGACAAGGCUGGGUUCGAAGUUGUGAAAUUCUGGCAGCCUAUGCAAGAGGACGCCGACGGAAUCGUAGAGGCGAUACUCAAGGAAUAGACGAGUAACAUGUAACCACCGACUCGCACAUGAAAGUUCGAUGGCGGACAUACCGACGUGCUUGGAUUUUCAUACUAUUGCUUCCUCGGAUUUAUCGCGGUGGUAAUAUUCUUGAAACAACAUAUUUUUCUCCUUCUCUAUACUUUUUUAAGCUAAGGUUUUACUGAAGAAUGUAAGAAGGGGGACAUGUUGAAUAAUGCGUUCUUGAUUGUAAAAACCGUUGUCAAGUUAAGCUCACGAUUAGUCAGAUCUGUUAGAUCAGUCCCUAGAUUAGUCCGUGAAUUAGUUCGAAAGUCAAUUCAACAAUCUGUGAAAUAAUCAGUAAAUCCGUCCCUAGAUUCAGUUAACAAUCAGUUGAGAGAUCAGCUCAAAAGUCAUUUCUUCGAAUAGU